AUGAAGCAAUUUGUCGCAGAGAUCGUGUGCAUGAAGAGUUUAAAACACCGGAGCUUAGUUCCACUUCUUGGGUAUUGCAGGAGGAAACAUGAGUUAUUACUUGUCUCUGAGUACAUGCCAAAUGGUAGCCUUGAUGAUUACUUGUUUAAUCAUGAUAAACCGACACUAUCCUGGCGGAGAAGAUUUGCAAUUCUCAAAGACAUCUCCUUAGCUCUUAAUUACAUACAUACAGAAGCUGACCAUGUUGUUAUACACAGAGAUAUCAAAUCUUCUAACGUUAUGUUGGACGCAGAGUUUAAUGGAAGGUUGGGAGAUUUUGGUAUGUCCAGGUUAUAUGAAAGAGGGACUGAUCCAACCACAACAGCUGCAGUUGGGACUGUUGGUUACAUGGCUCCUGAGCUUACAACAUUUGGAGCAUCCACCGUGACUGAUGUAUACGCUUUUGGUGUUUUCUUGCUUGAAGUAACUUGUGGGAGGAGACCUGUGGAGCUUCGUGUGCCGGUUGAAAAACGUUUUCUGAUCAAAUGGGUUUGUGAAUGCUGGAGAGGGUCCUCUUUGCUUGAUGCUGUAGAUCCAAAGUUGACAGAAUUCUCAUCCAGAGAAGUCAAGCGGGUUCUGAAAAUUGGGUUGCUCUGUGCAAACCUUGCUCCAGAUGCAAGACCGUCCAUGGAACAAGUGGUGCAGUACUUAAACGGAAACCUAGCAUUGCCCGAGUUUUGGCCAUAUUCUCCUGGAAUUGGAGCUCUCACUCCAACAACGCUUUCACCAGAACAGCUCUCGCUCGAAUCAGUAUCACUGUCUUCUUCCUUAUGCAACACCUCAAUGUUUAUUACUCAUACAGUUCUCUACGGGAGUGGAUGA